GUCAAACUCGGGAAAAGUUGAUUUGGUCACGGGUCACUCAGGCGGCGCUUGUCCAGUUCAAGAGUUUUAAGUUCACACAAACAAUGUCAAAACGCUUUCCACCUACCAACACGCCCUCCCUCCUUCCUCCUCCAAAUUAGCUUUUUAUCUUUCUCCUUCUUACAAAAUCCUUCUCGGUUUGGAUUGGAUCCGAAUUUCGUACUCGGAGCCCGGUCAGAGGCAGAGAAGAGAGAUAUGUCAGCUGAAUCGAGCUCCGGUGCAGGGGACCAUACCAUCGUCAAAGGUAUACCUACUUACGGUGGACGUUAUGUGCAGUACAAUGUCUACGGUAACCUCUUCGAAGUUUCUAGAAAGUACGUCCCUCCGAUUCGCCCUGUUGGCAGAGGCGCUUACGGUAUAGUUUGUGCUGCCAUGAAUUCUGAGACACGGAAGGAGGUUGCCAUUAAGAAGAUUGGAAAUGCAUUUGACAAUAGAAUUGAUGCCAAGAGGACAUUGCGAGAAAUUAAACUGCUGCGACACAUGGAUCAUGAAAAUGUUAUUUCCAUCAAAGACAUCAUACGACCGCCACAGAGGGAGAACUUCAAUGAUGUAUACAUAGUUUAUGAAUUAAUGGACACUGAUCUGCAUCAAAUUAUACGAUCCCACCAAGAAUUGACAGAUGAUCAUUGUCGGUAUUUUCUGUAUCAGUUGUUACGGGGGCUGAAGUAUGUGCAUUCAGCGAAUGUUUUGCAUCGUGAUUUAAAACCCAGCAAUUUAUUCUUGAAUGCAAAUUGUGAUCUGAAGAUUGGAGAUUUUGGGCUUGCAAGGACGACCUCAGAAACAGAUUUCAUGACUGAGUAUGUUGUCACUCGUUGGUACCGUGCACCAGAACUACUUCUUAAUUGUUCAGAGUACACUGCAGCAAUUGAUAUUUGGUCAGUGGGUUGCAUACUUGGUGAAAUUAUGACAAGACAACCCCUGUUCCCUGGCAAAGAUUAUGUCCAUCAGUUGAGGCUGAUCACAGAGCUUUUAGGUUCACCUGAUGAAUCCAGUCUUGGGUUCCUACGAAGUGAUAAUGCCAGAAGAUAUGUUAGAAUGCUGCCACAGUACCCAAAACAAAAUUUCUCUGCUAGAUUUCCUAACCGAUCUCCUGGUGUAGUUGAUUUGCUUGAGAGGAUGCUUGUCUUUGAUCCAAACAGGCGGAUUACAGUUGAUGAAGCUUUGUGCCACCCAUAUUUAGCACCCCUUCAUGAUAUCAACGAGGAACCUAUUUGUCCAAGGCCAUUCACUUUUGACUUUGAGAAUCCAUCUUUUACUGAAGAAAAUAUCAAGGAGCUCAUCUAUAGGGAAUCAGUAAAAUUCAACCCAGAUCCAACUCAUUGAGGAUGAUGUGAUAAUAUGUUGUAUAUGAAGUUUACUAUUUAUGACAAUUGGGUCUUCCAAAUUGACAAGAUUAAAGAUUAGAUGGAGAGAUUGAUAUUCAUCUAACAAUUUUUAUGAGUGUUCAUUCAUCAUUUAACUCUAUCUCUAUCUGUUGAUGUUUCAAAAGUUCAGUUAUUUGAAUAAGAGCUGAAGCAGAGUAUCCUCAA